UUUCUCAACUGCAAUGGUUUUUUAGUUUGCCCUAGAAUUACCUCUCUCUUCAAUUAGCCGCAACCAAACACUUCCGCUCUUCACUUCACUUCACGUCGGAAAAAUCAAACACUUUUGUCUUACUUUUUUUAACUCCAAAUCUUUAAAUCUUCUAUUUUCGAGAUAUCUAUCUGCUUAAACGGCGUCGUAUUUUGGCACGUUGAUAGCUUUAAUUGGGUGUUAUUUAUGGUGUCCAGAUCGUGAAGUAUGUGCGUUUAGUAAUUGGAAAUGGACGCCGUGGAGGUGAAUUGUUCUGUUGAUGUGGCGCCGGCGGCCACGGCGGUGCCGGAGCUGUAUGGCGGUGGGGGUAGAGAUAGGGUUAUGGUAGUGGAGAUGGCGGUGGAGCUGCGGAACUCGUUGCUUAGUGAAAAAGAUGUGGCAGCAAGCUCCUUAAAUGCGUUGGAGCCAAUGCAGUUGGAUAAGGUUCCAGCUCCUGAACUUUAUCAGCAUACUAGUCAUCAGCCUAGCUUUCCUAGUGAAGAUGUGUCUAAACAGUUCCAUUUUGGCAGUGCAAAAGUUCCUUCUUGGAUUCCUAGGCAUGAGGAAGUGCAAGUUCAGAGAAAAUUAGGACAAGUGUCAAGAAGUGGCAGUGGAUGUUCUAAAAGACCACGGAUUAUUUUAUUGGAUGAUACUGCUGGUUUAGCUGUGAUUGAUGAUACAAAGGAAACAUCUAAUAAGCUAGGAUCACAUCCUACCAAAUGUAACUCUAAUGGAAAAACUCCAUCGACAAAACAAAGGAACAAUGUCAGCAUUAAACGAGGUGAUAGGAAAAAUGGCAAAGUUUCUAUGAAGGCUAAACAUGAUUCCUUUUCUCUGAAGGCAAGUUUGGCCAGCUUUAGUUCAGCUGCUGCAGGGAACAACUUCUUUGGAUUAUAUGGCCUGAAGACAGAUGUUAAUGACAUCACAAAACUUGUUGAUGAUUUAUCACUGGAUGAUCUCCUUCUGGGCGCUUAUGAUUGCCCUAAAAUAAGCAAAGACAAGGACAAUAAUUCAACAGACACCAGUGAGAAUAUUUUGCAGUCAGUCAGAAAGGCUUGCUCUAUUCUUCAGCCACCCAAGUCUAACCAAUCUCAGAAUGCUGCUGAGAUGGAUAGUUGUUCAAACGAGAAGAUGCCCACAUGCCAGUCUAGCUGCACCUCUGUUGCUGGAAAUGGAGAUUGUGGAGAUUCAUCUAUGGCAGAUCUUUCAUCAUCUCAUACGGAUUCUUGCAGCAAACCUGAAGCUUCAGCUAAUUUUCUCAGUUUCUCAUUUGAGCAACCUAAAGAUACACUGGAACGACUAGCACUUCCUCCACCAAAGGAUUUGGAGACUUUGCUUCUUGAUGCAGUCAAGCCAGCUGUACCUUCAAGGAAUGGUCCUGAUGCUCGCCAUAGCAAACAAGCAACUCGCAAACAUAGUUUGCCACCUUUUUUCUGGUCGCAUUCGUUUAAUAGCAACUGUAAAACCAAUUCUGAUGCAGUUAAGCUAUUAACGAGUAGGAGCACGGGCACAUGCCAAGGAAGAUGGGUGAAAGUGGAGAACACUUUCAACUCACAAAGGAGUGCUUCCAAGUGUUUUACAGACUUGGAAUCACUGGCUUAUGAUGAUACCCUUGUUCCUUCAAGUGGACCAAAGCUUGCUGUCCUACGAAAUGGUUUUGCUCCAUCUACACUGGCUCCUCAAUGCGAUCGGGAUUCAUCUGUACCAGCAACUUCUCUGAUGCCUGGUACUUCUCUUAACAGCACUUUUAUGAAGGUUGAGCAAUGUCCAAGAAUAUUGGAAGCUGCUCAAACCUUGUGUGACUUUGUGAGGCUAAACCAAGAAGGGAUGAUAAAGUGGCCAAAGAAACCUUCCCAGAAGGGUAUGAAAGCUCGCAAAUCAAAAUCAAUCGAGAAGCCGGAAGAUAAAUUUGCACCCUCAACUUCGGGUAUGGGAUCUGAACAGGCAGCAAAAAGUCGGGUCGACCAUAUAUUAACAUCAAAGAAACUGAAACUCUCAACAAUUGAGAACAAGAAAGAUCAUUUGGACAUCAAUGGUUCACGGAAGGGUCCGAUAAAUUGGUCUACGCCUAAAUCAAGUAGAUCGUCACCAAAUAAAUCGGUUAGAGAUCCAACAGCCUACAUCGUUAAGCAAUCAUGCAGGAUGUCACCGCCUGCAAAGGUAGUGAAUAGAAAUUGCAACGGUCAACAGAAGUUCCGUAAAUUAAUGCGAAUGGAUUGGAGUAGGGAACGUGACAGGCAAGACUGAUAAACACCAAUCCUCAACGGAAGUGAUUUUUAUUCAGCGCUGCUAAAUUAGGUUGAUGAUGUACAUAAUGGCUCAGGUUUUUUCUAGGGUUACACUGUAGGAAGGUUGGAAUUUGUUGUAACUGUUCUUCUCUAGAGAUGAACAGUCUAGGUGUUGUAACAUUUAAGUAGACAUGUUAAAUUUAUAGCAGAGAAAUUUUUUUUGCCUUGUGUAGAUCAAUUGAAAGGCAAUAAAAUUUCAGUUCUUUUUUCA